UUGCAGCAAGUUCACAUGGAUAGGCGAUACGUCUCUAUCCAUACCUCGGUCGAUUUCAGCAAUACGUUAAUUUCUAGCAUUCUAUAUAAAUGUAUUUUAACCAAUUUUAACUUAUCUAUGACUUAUCGUUGGCCCUAGUGAUAAUGAAAUAAAGUGGCCGAAAUAAAGAUGUCGAAUUUUCAAACUCAACUUGUGUAUGCUUUAGGAAACAGAACAAAGGUUUUUCCAGAAUUAAAAAAAGUAUUUGUUCGACCUUUAAUACAAAUAGCCGUAAAGGCGAUAAAUCAAGAGUACAUAGAGGAAGGAAUAUUGGAUAGAAUAAGUAAAAAAUACAAUGUGCCAGAAGAAACUGUGGAUGAAUAUUACUCAGUUAUUUUUACAGUAUUAAGAAUUAAUUUGGGUACGUUAUCCCAGAAUGUAAAGCCAGCAGAAUUUAAACAACUACUAGAAGAGUUGAAAUUAUCUGCAGAAUGUAUCGAUGAUCUAUCUACAGUUGUAUAUGGCCUGAAAAGGCCAGAAUUAAUAUCUGGUUUAGUACAAAAAACAAAGUUCUAUCCUCAUCUAAUAGCCUGCAAGUGGCGAAUAGACAUCACUAUUUCCUCCAGCAUACUAAAUAGAGUUUUGGAACCACAUAUCAUAAUGGAAUGGACGUUUAGCAAUGGAAAACGCCAGAUAUUUGAACUAUCACUGACGAAGUUUCAUCAACUGAGACAUGCCAUAGCAACGAUUCUUGUAGAAAUGCAAAAGGUUGAACAACAAUGUGCCUCGAAAAAUAUUAUAUGCAGUUGAUAAUGGAGAAACCAACUAUACUAUGUAUCCAUUCUUUUGUGCAAUAUUACAUUAAAAAAAGAAACUAAUAUAGACUAUCUCUUUUAUAGCUGAAAUAAAACAGUACAUGAGUAAAUAUGUAAUAUAAA